AACGUUCUGCGCCCUUCUCCGCGCGUCUCGCGCGAUGCGCGGGUGGUAUAUAGCCUGCGCUGGCGCAGCCUCCCCGCCAUCGAAUCACACAAACAAACAAUGUUCGGCUUCUACCCGCGCCCCCAGCCCGCCUUCUACCAGCCAUCCUACCACUCCCCGUACUACGCCCAGCAGCGCCGCCGCGAGCUCGAGCGCGCUCUACAGGCCCAGGAGCUCGAGCGACGCCGCCGGGCACGUGCCCAGUACUUCCCGUAUGGCUAUGAUGACGACGACGACGAGGAAUACGUUACGCCGCAGCAAUACGCCCUCCUCCGCCGCAAACAACUAGACGCUGCCCGGCUCGCCCAGGCGCAGCAACAGCAGCAACGCCAACGGGCCCCGUCGCCCGUGUUGCCCGAUGCUGACACACUGCCGCCCUCUCCCUCUACUUCAUCCCAAGUCCCACCCAAACCAGCCCCCACCCCCGAGCAGCUCGCCGCGGCCGCCACCACAAUCCAGACCGCCUUCCGCACCCGCCGCGCACUCCGCGCCGUCUCCUCCCUCGCGCACGACUUUGCCCUCCUCAAAUCCGCCUUCGCCGCGCCCCCCCACCAUCGACUUCCUGUCCCACGGGCAGACGCUCACCCUCCCCGUCCCGCCCACCCUUCCGCCGUCAAUCAAUGA